CCCUGCAAAUGAGGUUUGACCAGCAGAGGCAGAGCCCACCUCUGGCUUAGAAUCACUGACAUUUAGACUCCAGGCUUCAACCUGUUUACAAGCGGGCUUUCCAAAGGAAGGGGGUGGGGGGCGGAGGGAAACAGGGCCAAACAAAACACCAACCGCCAUCUCCCCCAAACAAGAAGUGACUUUCUGGAGGCUUCAAAUCAACAGGCACCACCAAAAAGAGAAAGCAAGAGGGGGAAGGAAACAACGGCGACCGGCAGCUCGCUCGCCUCCAGUUCUGACAACUCCAAAGGGACGCGCUUUUAGAACCGGCUAGCAGGCUGGGGCUCUGCCGAGAGGGGCGAAAAGGUGCCAACCCCCGAGAGGCGCAGAUAUCUCCCCCAGCCUCCCACCCCGACCUCUGUGGGUUUUGUUCACCGUGCUGUCAUCUGUUUUUUAGACUUUUUUUUUUUUUUCAUCUACCAUGGUGAAGAAAGGAGUGAAGAAGAGAACAAAGUAACUCCUAGGGGAGUGAAGAUCGUUGGUGACCAACACCACCACCGCCACCACCAGCUCCUGCUACUGCGGCCACCCACGUCCACCAUUCACCGGGAGACUCGAGAGGCGCAAGGCAGCGGAUCCGAGAAAGGAGCGAGGAGAGGCAGCCGGCCCUUCCGAGGAGUUAUGGAUGUUGGUGCAUUCACUUCUGGCCAGAUCCGCGCCCAGAGGGAGCUAACCAGCGGCCGCCACCUCCAGCUGUCUCCUUGCCUCGCACCAGGUCUUACCCUUCCAGUAUGUUCCUUCUGAUGAGACAAUUUCCAGUGCCGAGAGUUUCAGUACAAUGUGGAAAUGGAUACUGACACAUUGUGCCUCAGCCUUUCCCCACCUGCCUGGCUGCUGCUGCUGCUUCUUGUUGCUGUUCUUGGUGUCUUCCAUCCCUGUCACCUGCCAAGCCCUUGGUCAGGACAUGGUGUCACCAGAGGCCACCAACUCCUCUUCUUCUUCCUCCUCCUCCUCGUCCUCUUCCUCCUUCUCCUCCCCUGCCAGUGCGGGGAGGCAUGUGCGGAGCUACAAUCACCUCCAAGGAGACGUCCGCUGGAGAAAGCUAUUCUCUUUUACCAAGUACUUUCUUAAGAUUGAGAAGAACGGGAAGGUCAGCGGUACCAAGAAGGAGAACUGCCCGUACAGUAUCCUAGAGAUAACUUCAGUGGAAAUCGGAGUUGUUGCCGUCAAAGCCAUUAACAGCAACUAUUAUUUAGCCAUGAACAAGAAGGGGAAACUCUAUGGCUCAAAAGAAUUUAACAAUGACUGUAAGCUCAAGGAGAGGAUAGAGGAAAAUGGAUACAAUACAUAUGCAUCCUUUAACUGGCAGCACAAUGGGAGGCAAAUGUACGUGGCAUUGAAUGGAAAAGGAGCUCCUAGGAGAGGACAGAAAACACGAAGGAAAAACACCUCAGCUCAUUUUCUUCCAAUGGUGGUACAUUCAUAGAGGAAGGCAAUGUUUGUGGAUGCAGCAGAACCAAAGGUUCUUUUGCCAGGACUAGUUGGUAUUCUUCACGAAGACAGUAGCUCAAAAGGCAGAGACACAUUGCAGAUGUCUGCUCGCUUGAAAGAAAGGAAGUCUUUGAAGGUUUUGUACUCACUGCUGACAUAUGAUGUUCUUUUAAUUAGUUCUGUGUCAUGCCUUAUAACCGAGAUAAUAGGCAGAUUAAAUGGGAUGGAAGUUACUCCUAAGUGAACAACAUUGUAUGUUGGCUGGGUUUUUGGUGAAGUUUUUGUUUCUGUUGUUGUUUUUUAACCUCUGAGAUAGGACUGAAAGGACAUGGAACAAUCUGUUGAAUGAUCUUCGGGAAAGUUAUUUAUGGAAUACAAACUCAUAUCAAAGACUUUCAUUGCUCAUGCAAGCCUAACGAUUCAAUGAGCAGUCAGACACGCAAGCAUUUACUGGAAAGCACUUGGGUCACGUCAUAUGCACAACCAAAGGCGCUUUGGGCAUGGCAUCAUGGAAGAGUUGGAUAAGAUUUUAAAAAUGUAAACAUGUUAGUGUAAAACUGUUCUAACAAACCAAAUAGUAUGGUAUGCUUGUGCAUUCUGUCUUCAUCCCUUUCUAUUUCGUUCUAAGUUAUUUAUUUAAUAGGAUGUUAAAUAUCUUUUGGGGUUUUAAAGAGUAUCCUCAGCAGUUGCCCUCUGAUUUACCUUUUCUUUUUCUUCAGCACACCACAUGCAUGUUCAUGACAAAGUGUUUUUAAAACUUGGCAAACACUUCAAGAAUAGGAGAGGAGAUAGGAAAGCAGGGUGAGAGCCCCAUGUGCUGUGAGUUAACUUAAUAUCACUUCUGCAAUAAGAACCAUCAACAAUAAAUAUGACAGUGUCGUGGCACGGCUUGAUGAGAGAUAUCUGCCAUCAUUUAAAAACAUCUAUCACUCCUAAGGCUUCCUUUCAUAAGAAAUAGACCAGAAGGCCAAGUCUUCUCUUUCAAUACACCAAUGGGGCUCCAAGAAUAUACUAAAAGAAGGAAAAUUGUUAUAAAUAAAUUUUAGUAGCCCAGCCUCAUUAUUUACCAACGACUUUUUGCCAUGUGUCAUGGUGGUUAGAGAUGAAGAGGCUGUCCGCAUAUAUAAGAUCCCUUUAUAAGUCCCACGUAGUGCAUCUCCCCCAAAGGAAAUUAUCAAGGAAUUUGAAGUGUAACUCUCCCAGGGGCUUAAACUGAGCAACUAUAUCCUGGUAUAUGUGUAACCAUAUACUGAAACCUGUUCGAGCUGUAUGAUCUAGUCUUUACAAAACCAAAUAAAACUUAUUUCUUGUCAAUGUAAAGAGCUUUGGAAGACUCCAUCAUGUAAUCAUAUCAAAAUUCAUUUUGUUAGAGCAGGUAGAGAAAACAAUACAUAGGAGUAUACCAGUCAUCAUCACAUUGUAUUCCA